CGAGUAAAACAAAUCUUACGUUACAGCGCAGACUGUAACUAGAGAAAGAAACUAUUUUAGUGUAAGGUUGUCUGCAUAGCCAACGUGUUUAAAUAAAAAGUAAAUUCUAAUAUUUUAAAUCUUAUAUGUGCGUUCAGUUGGUAUUUUAUUCAGAUUUUUAUAUGGUGUGUAAUAGGCUAGCUUUGUAGCUUGGGCUGUGUGAUGUGUAGGCCUAGAUAGAAUAAAUCAAAAAGUUUAAUUCACAUCAGAGGUGGUUAUUUUUUUCACUAAACAAAAAAGUUAUCUGUUAUAGUUGGACUGAUGGCUGACACUGAUAAACUAAAUAUUGACAGUAUAAUUGCGCGUCUCUUGGAAGUUAGAGGAGCACGACCAGGAAAGAACGUACAACUAACAGAAAGUGAAAUUCGUGGUUUAUGUUUAAAAUCAAGAGAAAUAUUUCUUUCACAACCAAUUUUGCUUGAAUUGGAAGCACCUCUGAAGAUAUGUGGUGACAUACAUGGACAGUAUUAUGAUCUCUUACGCUUGUUUGAAUAUGGAGGUUUUCCACCAGAGUCAAAUUACUUGUUCUUGGGAGAUUAUGUUGAUCGUGGGAAACAGUCACUUGAAACUAUUUGCCUCUUGCUUGCCUAUAAAAUAAAAUAUCCUGAAAACUUUUUUUUGUUACGAGGUAAUCAUGAAUGUGCAAGCAUAAACAGGAUAUAUGGAUUCUACGAUGAAUGCAAACGCCGGUACAACAUCAAGCUUUGGAAAACAUUCACGGAUUGCUUCAACUGCUUGCCUGUGGCCGCAAUAGUUGACGAAAAGAUAUUUUGUUGCCAUGGAGGUCUGAGUCCUGAUUUACAGAGCAUGGAGCAGAUACGGCGUAUUAUGAGACCAACUGAUGUGCCAGAUCAGGGUCUUCUCUGUGAUUUGUUAUGGUCUGAUCCAGACAAGGAUACGAUGGGUUGGGGUGAGAAUGAUCGUGGUGUCUCAUUUACAUUUGGAGCCGAAGUUGUUGCCAAGUUUCUUCACAAGCAUGAUUUUGAUUUGAUUUGUCGAGCUCAUCAAGUGGUUGAAGAUGGCUAUGAGUUUUUUGCCAAGAGACAACUGGUUACAUUAUUUUCUGCUCCCAACUACUGUGGUGAAUUUGAUAAUGCAGGAGCAAUGAUGUCUGUAGAUGAAACACUAAUGUGCUCAUUCCAGAUUUUGAAGCCUGCUGACAAACGCAAGUUUACUUACGGUGGUUUAAAUGCUGGUCGGCCAGUGACUCCGCCUCGUGGUGCAGCCAAUAAAAACAAGAAGAAAUGAAUAGUUUGUACAUGCAUAUUGAAAAACCAUUUUCUUUAUAUAAGUGCUGUUUUGCAGCAGAACUGUUUUUUAUCCUUAUGCACCACAUUCUGGUAAAACAAGUGUUACCUUUUACUAAGGUUUAGUAUGUUUUAUUAGCUGUGUAGAUUCUGAGAUUUUGUUAUGAAUAUUCUAAAUUGUUAGUUUCUGCACUGCAAUAUGAUAGGAGUAUAGGAUGUUAGUAAUGCGGUCCCUUAAGUUGUUGUUGCAUUUCUGAAGUAGAGUACAGUGAAACAUAGUUUAAUCAGCAUAAAAUAUUGCAUCAACAUUUGUAUAAGAAAGUCGGUUUCUGGACAUAUUGCUGUUCUUGCAUUAAAAAUAAUUUUAGUUUUAAUGUUCAUUGUGUGCAAUUAUUGUAUAGUAUUACAAAAGUGUGCAGUCACUUGGUUUAUGAUUUUCUUGCAAUAAUAAUGCUCUCUAUUCAUUGGCAGAUAGCAUGCUUAAAAAAUUUAAUUUUGUGGAUAGUGUUUUAUACUGCUUACAUGCUUGCACAUAGGAAAUAAUACCCAGCACAUCUUAGCAAACCUCAUACUUGAAGAAAGCUACUGUAAUGAACAUAGUAUUAUGACUCAUUCAUGCUACAAAUUUUUUUUUUCCUUGUAGUAUUUGUUUUAGACUUUAGUUACUCACAUUGUGUUUGUAUUAAGUAAACCACUGUCGUCAUAUUUUUUGUAUUGUAAAAAUGUACCUUGUUGUUCAGAUAUGUGUGUUUUGUUAAACUAUGGUCUGUUUAUAGACAGUUGUUUUCUAGCUGGCAGGUUUCAGAUGUGAUCUUAUACAUUAGUGAUUUCUAAAGUAUAAAUGAAAUAAUUUAGAUUUAAUGGACUGUGGCAUAGACAAAAAUUGAUACAUUUGCUUUGAAAACAUUGGCAAAUCUGGCCCAAAGUACGAUACUAAAGUUCACAGACAAAGUAUACAUUUAUGUCACACUUUCAUUGACAUUAAAAAAUUUUCUCUUAUUUUACUUUGCUUGUGUGUCUCAAAACCUGUAUAUUUAAGUGACAAAAACUAUGCUCUCUUCACUGUAUGUUUUAAGUUUAAUAUUGUGCAUUAUGAGGUGGUAAAUUAUUGAGAUGAUUGAAAAUAUAUUGAAUUUUAAGUUAUGAUUUUAUGAAAAAUAAGUCAACUUUUGUACACCCCAUCAUUAAAAUAAGCUGCUGUUAACAAAACAAGUGAAGAAUUUUUUUACAUUGC